CAACUCAGAUCCUCCAGGAGACUUGUACACCAUCUUUUGAGGCACAGAAACCCAAUAGUCAACCGCGGACUGCGCAUCAUGUAUCGGAAGUUGGCCGUCAUCUCGGCCUUCUUGGCCACAGCUCGUGCUCAGUCGGCCUGCACUCUCCAAUCGGAGACUCACCCGCCUCUGACAUGGCAGAAAUGCUCGUCUGGUGGCACGUGCACUCAACAGACAGGCUCCGUGGUCAUCGACGCCAACUGGCGCUGGACUCACGCUACGAACAGCAGCACGAACUGCUACGAUGGCAACACUUGGAGCUCGACCCUAUGUCCUGACAACGAGACCUGCGCGAAGAACUGCUGUCUGGACGGUGCCGCCUACGCGUCCACGUACGGAGUUACCACGAGCGGUAACAGCCUCUCCAUUGGCUUUGUCACCCAGUCUGCGCAGAAGAACGUUGGCGCUCGCCUUUACCUUAUGGCGAGCGACACGACCUACCAGGAAUUCACCCUGCUUGGCAACGAGUUCUCUUUCGAUGUUGAUGUUUCGCAGCUGCCGUGCGGCUUGAACGGAGCUCUCUACUUCGUGUCCAUGGACGCGGAUGGUGGCGUGAGCAAGUAUCCCACCAACACCGCUGGCGCCAAGUACGGCACGGGGUACUGUGACAGCCAGUGUCCCCGCGAUCUGAAGUUCAUCAAUGGCCAGGCCAACGUUGAGGGCUGGGAGCCGUCAUCCAACAACGCGAACACGGGCAUUGGAGGACACGGAAGCUGCUGCUCUGAGAUGGAUAUCUGGGAGGCCAACUCCAUCUCCGAGGCUCUUACCCCCCACCCUUGCACGACUGUCGGCCAGGAGAUCUGCGAGGGUGAUGGGUGCGGCGGAACUUACUCCGAUAACAGAUAUGGCGGCACUUGCGAUCCCGAUGGCUGCGACUGGAACCCAUACCGCCUGGGCAACACCAGCUUCUACGGCCCUGGCUCAAGCUUUACCCUCGAUACCACCAAGAAAUUGACCGUUGUCACCCAGUUCGAGACGUCGGGUGCCAUCAACCGAUACUAUGUCCAGAAUGGCGUCACUUUCCAGCAGCCCAACGCCGAGCUUGGUAGUUACUCUGGCAACGAGCUCAACGAUGAUUACUGCACAGCUGAGGAGGCAGAAUUCGGCGGAUCCUCUUUCUCAGACAAGGGCGGCCUGACUCAGUUCAAGAAGGCUACCUCUGGCGGCAUGGUUCUGGUCAUGAGUCUGUGGGAUGAUUACUACGCCAACAUGCUGUGGCUGGACUCCACCUACCCGACAAACGAGACCUCCUCCACACCCGGUGCCGUGCGCGGAAGCUGCUCCACCAGCUCCGGUGUCCCUGCUCAGGUCGAAUCUCAGUCUCCCAACGCCAAGGUCACCUUCUCCAACAUCAAGUUCGGACCCAUUGGCAGCACCGGCAACCCUAGCGGCGGCAACCCUCCCGGCGGAAACCCGCCUGGCACCACCACCACCCGCCGCCCAGCCACUACCACUGGAAGCUCUCCCGGACCUACCCAGUCUCACUACGGCCAGUGCGGCGGUAUUGGCUACAGCGGCCCCACGGUCUGCGCCAGCGGCACAACUUGCCAGGUCCUGAACCCUUACUACUCUCAGUGCCUGUAAAGCUCCGUGGCGAAAGCCUGACGCACCGGUAGAUUCUUGGUGAGCCCGUAUCAUGACGGCGGCGGGAGCUACAUGGCCCCGGGUGAUUUAUUUUUUUUGUAUCUACUUCUGACCCUUUUCAAAUAUACGGUCAACUCAUCUUUCACUGGAGAUGCGGCCUGCUUGGUAUUGCGAUGUUGUCAGCUUGGCAAAUUGUGGCUUUCGAAAACACAAAACGAUUCCUUAGUAGCCAUGCAUUUUAAGAUAACGGAAUAGAAGAAAGAGGAAAUU